CACAGUGAUGAGAUAAAUCUUCUAUAGAUCAGGCUAUUGCUUGCCGUCUAACAAGCGUGCUGCACAGCGUGUGACAUAAAUUUUACAGUGUUGCCUGCAUAGGCAUUCUACAAGGUUCCUUGAAAGACUAACACCCCCCUUUUCAUCAUCACACUGUGCGUCUCCUUCUUGGCGCUCUAAACUGAUCAUCAGUGGAAGUACUCCCGAGCCGCAGCAGCCCAACUGUGACAUCCUUCCACAGUACGGAGCGUGCUCAGGCUGGCCGGCUGCUGCACAGGCACCAUGGAGCAAAAAUCACCUAAGGAUGAGAGCACCGCCAAGGGACAAGAGGCUCUGUCCUACCAGCGGAGGAUGUGGAAGAAUUUUCAGGAGAAAACCAAGCCAUGGCUCAGUCCUAAACUGGGCUCGGAGCGUCGCGGUGCCGGGGGCGCGGAGGGCAGCAAAAAGGAAUCGGGGCUAUGGAUGUUCAAGAGGAAAAAGAAACAGUUGGACCGGGUGUUUUCGUCGUCUCAGCCGAACCUGUGCUGUUCUACGCCGGUGCCUUUUGAAGGAGACAAGAAGUCCAUUGGAAGCGACGCGGUCCCGGGCACCAGCACGGACGGACAGCCCCUGCUACAGACCCUUGGCGCAGCUUCUGGGGCCACGGGGAGCAAGCCAGAGCUGACGGCGCACGGAAGCCCCAAACUCCCCGUAUCUCAGCUGAUCACGUACCAGCAGAAGAGCUCCUCUCUCGGCUCAGCGUGCUUCGAGAAACUGGUAGUAGACCCGGCCGCGGUGGUGGGAGAGGAAGAGCAGCUGCGUAAAAACGCAAGUGAUUCUGGCAUCAGCAUAGUGGGGCCCAGUAAUGCAGAACCCUCGCCUCGACCUCCUAGUCCAGCCAUGUACCAGCUGGAUAUCGUCCUAAAGAAAGGGAGCAACCUGGCCAUCCGAGAUCGGACAGGGACCAGUGACCCAUAUGUGAAGUUUAAGAUUGCAGGGAAGGAGGUGUUCAGAAGUAAGACCAUCCAUAAGAACCUCAACCCGGUGUGGGACGAGAGAGUAAGCUUACAUGUGGAAACCCUGAGGGACCCGCUCUAUGUCAAGGUUUUUGACUAUGACUUUGGACUUCAGGAUGAUUUCAUGGGCUCAGCUUACCUCCACCUGGAGUCACUGGAACAUCAGAGGACACAGGAUGUGACGCUGGACCUAAAGGACCCACAGUACCCUGAACACAACCUGGGCAGCCUGGAACUUGCUGUCACUCUGUCACCGAAGGAGGGAGACGUGAGGGAUGCUUAUCAGAGUAUGCGUCUGUCAGAUGUGCACAGAAAAGCCCAGCUGUGGCGAGGUAUAGUCAGCAUCAGCCUGAUAGAAGGUCGCGGCCUGCAGCCCAUGGAUGCCAAUGGCCUCAGCGACCCUUAUGUCAAAUUCAGGAUGGGGCACCAGAAGUACAAAAGCAAGACAAUUCCCAAAACGCUGAACCCGCAGUGGAGAGAGCAGUUUGAUUUCCACCUAUAUGAUGAGCAGGGAGGCUAUGUGGACAUUACAGUCUGGGACAAAGAUGCUGGCAAGAAGGAUGACUUCAUGGGAAGGUGUACCAUCGACCUGUCGCUUCUCAGUAAAGAACACACGCACAAGCUGGACCUGCCGCUGGAGGAAGGCGAAGGUGUGCUUGUGCUCCUGGUUACACUUACUGCUUCCGCUGCCGUUUCCAUCUCAGACCUGUCAAUCAACAUGCUGGACGACCCGCACGAGAGACACCAGAUCAUGCAGAGAUAUAGCCUGUUGAGGUCAUUCCACAACCUGAAAGAUGUCGGCAUGGUGCAGGUAAAGGUCAUCAGGGCUGAGGGACUGAUGGCAGCAGAUGUCACAGGUAAGAGUGACCCAUUCUGUGUGGUGGAGCUGAGUAAUGAUCGGCUGCAGACUCACACUGUCUACAAAAACCUCAACCCAGAGUGGAACAAGGUCUUCACUUUUAACGUGAAGGACAUCCACUCGGUACUCGAGGUCACUGUUUACGACGAGGACCGAGACAGAAGCGCAGAUUUCCUGGGAAAAGUGGCUAUUCCUUUACUAAAUAUCCAAAAUGGAGAACGCAAAGCCUACGCCUUGAAAAGCAAGGAGCUGACAGGGCCAACAAAAGGGGUCAUCUUUCUCGAAAUAGACGUGAUUUUUAAUGCUGUGAAGGCUGGUCUCAGGACGUUGAUUCCCAUCGAGCAGAAGUAUAUCGAGGAGGAGCCCAGAGUGUCCAAACAGCUGCUGUUGCGCAACUUCAACCGAGUUAGGCGCUGCAUCAUGUUCCUUAUCAACACAGGCUGCUACAUCAACAGUUGCUUCGAAUGGGACUCUCCACAGAGGAGCAUCUGUGCGUUUGUGCUUUUCGUCAUCGUCGUUUGGAACUUUGAGCUCUAUAUGAUUCCUCUGGCUUUGCUGCUGCCUUUGGCCUGGAACUACAUCCUUAUCGCGUCGGGGAAAGAUACCAGGCAAGAUGUGCAAGCAGUGGAGGACCUGCUGGAGGACGAGGACGAGGAUUUUGACAAAGAUGACAAGGACCCUAAACCAGGCCCCUGGGAGGACAGCUGUGAUAAAAACCAUAUCCUCGAGGAUAUGUUGGCUUCCUGGCACUUUGAGUGGAUACGAACGAUGGUGGACUCGGAGAGAAAGGGCUUCAUGAACAAGCUUUAUGCCAUUCAAGACGUGUGCAUCAGCGUGCAGAAUGCACUGGAUGAAGUGGCCUCCUAUGGCGAGAGGAUAAAGAACACAUUUAACUGGACUGUGCCUUUCUUAAGCUGGCUGGCCAUUGUGGCUCUUGGAGUGGCCACCGUGAUCAUCUACUUCAUCCCUCUACGAUACAUUGUGUUGGCCUGGGGGGUGAACAAAUUCACCAAGAAGCUGCGAGACCCUUAUACCAUUGACAACAACGAGCUGCUAGACUUUCUGUCCAGAGUGCCCUCAGAUGUACAAGUGGUGCAGUACCGAGAGCUGAAACUGGAUCCCAAUCCCAGUCCAAAUAAAAGGAAGAAAAACAACCCCGGGUAGAUGACUCUGUCCGCCCACCAACUCCUCUCUUCUCCACUUUUCUUCUCUCUGUCUAUUACUGGACACUGAAGAGCAGAGGAAGACGGCUGUGGACCAGCUCAGCUCAACCAUCCUUCCUAGUUUCUUUCCCUACUUUUCUCUCUUAACCCUUUUUUCUGUCUUUAAUCACUCAUAAUGUACAGUACAGUUUCCUGAUGUGUAAUUUUUGUAUAAAACAAGAUGAGAAAUCCCUUGAAUUAUUACCACCAUUACGCUUUUGAUUGAUUUUUAAAGGCGAGUGGGAAUGAUGGCUGGGAUGACCUUUUUAUCAGCCGCGUGAGCCACUCUCCUCGUUUCUUCUCUCCAUCACCCUGACAGCUCGCUGGACUCUGUCCGUUCGCUUGCCACAGUUGUCACACAAUGAGUAACACGAGUUUUAGCAUUUUUACUACUAAAGGCACUGUCCGUGUUUAUCAAAAUAUAAGCCUUAUACUAACAUUCUGCAUUAUCACUCUACAAAGGACUUUAAGUUUUUGUUUUGUUCAUAUUGUAGUUUAUUAAAUGAUUUUGGUAAUAUGUUUAUAUUUUCUAAUUGUUUUUGUACUGAAGUAUCUUUUGUUUUCUUCCCCUCUUGGAUGUGGUAAUGAUGUUAUGUUCACUGGCAGUAAUUUGGAUUGCCUGCACUUAACUCAGCCAGCCAAGUUGAUUAGCAAUUAUGGUGGUAGCCUCCGGAUAUGUCCUUCUACACAAACACAAAACUGGACCAACAGGCUGAAGGCUUGUGGUGGUAUCUGUCUGUGCUUUCAUACAAUGGCCAAAUUAGCUUUUUUAAAAGACUUUAAAGACUCCAAAACAAAAAAAAACAUCAAAUCACAGUGGACAGUGACAUUAAAGUACAAAGAGUCUUUCUGUAUUUCUUAAAAUAGAUUGUGAUUACAUAAUAAUCAUUAAAUAACAACCAGAAGGAGAAAAAAAAGAACCACACUGUUAAGUGUUAGACAGUUGGUGUUAUGCCCUAAACAUGUAUCUCUAUUAAAAGCCCAGAUAAGUUAGCCCCGUUUAACCCCUUAAAGACAUGUCAAAACCCCCAUCAGUCAGACAGUCAGAAAUCCACACUCUGUCUGUCAGGAGGCGCAGCAGACUGGGCCUUCUGCUGUCGUGGUGUUAAUAUAGAUGUCACCCAGUCUAUGCAGAGUGUCGCCAGGCAGGCAGGCAGGCCUUUAGGCAGCCGCAGCCCUAAUCUUGUUUGAAAGGCUGGUCUCCUUUCCUCUCAUCUCCCCGUGUGUUUGCCUCGGCGGCCACACACGAAAGCAUGCACGCACACAUGCACAAGCAUGCAUGCAGACACACACACAGGCACAAAAACAAAAAACACCUCUCGUGUGAAUACAGUGCUUGCAUACACAUACUGCACCUACUUGCUCACAGAUGAAAACACAACAUCCCAUUUGAGCAGGCACAUUCUCUCAGGCACGCACACACUCACACAAACACGCUCCAUGUGAUGCUGUGCCCCAGGCUGGCCGCCCUCUCCAUCUGCCCCACCUCCUGUGCCCACAGCUCAACUUUGAUCUGUCUUUCCAGAGACAGGCUUGUAUAUGUGAACUGUGCAAGUAUGUUUGCGUAUACACGUUUAUGCAAUCAAAGACAUGUUGCUUUUCUCAGCGUUGGUGUGUUACAAUCGUAUCUCCCCUCCAGCUGUAGACUGAUGCGUAGAUUCAGUCUGUGUGUGUGUGUGUGUGUAGUGCAGCAGCAGAAGUGCCAGCUGUUAUUUGGUGUGCUGGUGUAGAGGGCCGUCAGCUAGAUGAGCAGCAAGUCGCUGUGUGACAAGACAAGGCUCUGCGGGGACUUAGGCCUGAGAUGUCAGGAACGGAAAGAUGUGUGUGUGUGUUUUAUGCUAUAUCAGAUCUUUCUUCCCAUCAUGCCUUUCUUCGUUUGCUCUCUCUGCGGUUCCCUCAUUCGUCAGUGAGCGGGGUUGCGACCCUGUCUGAAGGGAUGGUCUCCUGGGCUUCUUGUUGAGCAUCUGUUGAAAGAUCACAGCUCAGGCUACAUUUGAGGAGGUCUUCUCUCAUCCUUCUGAUCCUAGCCGCUGCCACCCCCUCCACCCCACCCCCCACCCUGUACAUCUUUUUGUUCUCUUUUACCACUUUUGUCUGUCUGUUCAUCCGUCUUUCCGUCUUUAUCACUCUAAACCCCCUUAGCAUCACCUACAGCUCUCUUCUGCCAUUUUGUCAUCCUCUUGCCCUGCCUGUCUGUCUGUUUGCCAUCACCUCUCCUGCUCGCUCCCUCCCUCUUUACCCAUCCAUCUCCAUGCUUAAAUAUCAACAGGCUCGGAUCUGUCACUCCUGAGGGCCAUUGAUUUUGUUUUGUUGUUUUGAGGAAUCCACUUGAAAGACAAUAACAGACUGUCCCCCUAGAGCAGCAUCGCAGACUGAUUAUAGCCUCCUCAACAAACACACUCUGUGGCUCGUGAAGGAUGGCUUUUUAUAAUGCCCCGAUGGGACUGUUUGAAUACCUGAUAUGUGUGUGUCUACUACUGUAUGUAGUUAUUUUACAGCAAAUUGUGGUGACUAUUGUGUGGUAUUGCAUCCAAAUACUGUCUCUUUUUAAAAAAAAAAAAAUCAUAUAUUAUUUGGUUUUGGCUCUGAUUGCAAGCAAACCAAAGUGUUUUUAUUUUGUAUGUUGAAGAGAAAAUGAAUUAUAUAAAGGAAUGUAUCAGACUGACAGCUGUAAAGGAAAAAAAAAGCACUUUUAUUUGCACCAGGUUGAUAUGAGACUUUAUUUUUUAAAUGAUACUGUACAUAGCUAACUACUUAUUAAUUUAUGGUUGUAUUUUAUACAGUAUGCCUGUUGAUGGUCUGGUGAUGAUAUUGUAAAGUAGGUGUAUGCCUGCCUCAUUUUCUAAGAUCUUUUUUCCGCCUGCAAAGUUGCCUGCCUGUGACAUCAUUUUCAUGCGCCCAGUAACCAACCAGUGACAUUUCAGGACAGGAGUACUGUAGAAGCUUAUACGUGGGUUGGUCAGGAAGGGUGAAAGAAAACAUGAUGUAUAGAAAUUAAAUGCAUCUGAUGUAUGUCGCUUAUUUUGAAGAGAAGAAAGAAAAAACAAACAUGAGAUUAAAUAUUUUUUAUCAUC